AUGGCGCAGGCGGGUAUAGAGUUGCGGACACCUGCUAGUAUCUUUAACACGAUAGAGCAGGAGUUCGAACACGGUGGUCGACCAGGUCGAAAUCCGAAUCGGGAUGGAUCAGUGCUCGCAGGCCUAGGCCUUCGGACAUCGACGGACAUUGCUGAAGAAUUCGAGAGAGAAGAGGAGCAGGCCAGAAUAGAGGGGAGUUCCCGCGGUCAGCGGACUCAGACGCCGAGUGCGAUGCCGGGGGCGAUGCCGAGGGCGACGUCGUCCAGCGAAGUAACUGAUAGUACUGAGCACGGUCCGAGCGAGACCAGUCCUUCUGUCGUGGCGAACCGAUCCUAUUUAGGACAGAGGAGGUCCGGGCCGGCCAUUUCUCGUAAGACGCCCUCUAAACGCGUCCGAAGAGCGGACCGUUUAGACUGGAAUAAAGAGGAGCAAAGGCGAGAGCUCGACGGUAUUAUGCGUGGAUUAGAUGACGAAUUCGUCGAGAAAGAGCGGCUCUCUUAUGACCAGGCGUGGUGUGCGCCGAUCCUAACCAGGACUAAGGUUAAUACCGUCUAG